AUGCUGCCUCUUGGUGACAAGGAGGUGCCCUCGUUCACCUGGCAGAUCUUCGCUCCCCUUUUCUUCCUGGCAGGUGGGGUUGUGGUGCCAUUUUGUGGUUCUCAGGCACCAAAAUGUGUCGGGCGGGCCCAGGAUUGUGGUCUGUCACCAGUAAAACAUUCUCUGCUCUUUUCAAUGUGCUUUUGGGGUGCAGGGCGUUAAUUGUUCUGUUAUUGUUCAUGUUACCCUAUUUUUUGCUCUAUAAGACUCACUUUUUCCCUCCAAAAAAGCAAGGGGAAAUGUGUGUGUGUCUUAUGGAGCGAAUGCAGGCUGCGCAGCUAUCCCAGAAGCCAGAACAGCAAGAGGGAUUGCUGCUUUCACUGCACUGUUCUGGCUUCUGAGAUUCAGAAUAUUUUUUUUCUUGUUUUCCUCCUCCAAAAACUAGGUGCGUCUUGUGGUCUGGCGCGUCUUAUAGAGCGAAAAAUACGGUAUAUAUCAUGUAUUUUGUUUUAAUCUUCUGUUUUUAUGCUGUGAACUGGCCUGAGAUCUAUGGAUGAAGGGUGGUUAUACAAAUGAAAUAAUAGUAAAGCUGGUUUGGUUUAAAUAAAAAGGGGGCGGCACAAACACCUGCACUUCACACAUUACAAUCGUUAUCCAACCGGGGCUUUUUCUUUUUAAAAAUAAAUUAAAAAUUCGGGGAGGGGGGAACUGGCCACUCUGAGGCGGCCUCUCCAGGUGAGAUCCAGGGGCCACAUUCUGGUGGCUCAGCUUAACUGGCCGCGCUGACGGGACGCUGGGCUCCGGCCCGCGAAAGGCUCCGAGGGCCGGAGCCCCUCAUUCGCAGCGCGGGCGGGGCCUGGGGAGGGAGAGCCCAUCGAGGGAGAAGAGGGGGGCGGAGAAGUCGGCCCUGCCUGUCCCAGCGCCCCCCCCCCCCCGUUCGGGGCCCGUCGGUCGCGCCCUUUUUGCGGGCGGGGCGGGGCUGGUGCCUGGGCGCGCGCCUGCGCACUCGCCCCGCCUCGCCGCCGCUCCAUCUCCUCCUCCCCCUCCGCCCCCCUCCCGCCUGGCAAAACAGAACCGCCAACGUCAUCGCCGCCGCCGCCGCCGCCGUCCCUUCGGCGGAGAGGGAAGCGGCCCGAGGGGGGAGGCGGGGGCUCCGCUGCCGCUGCUGCUGCUGCUGCCACCAUCGCCAACCGCCACCCUGAGGGAGCCGGAGGCCGCCGGUAAGAAGCGGGCUCCUCCUCCUCCGCCGCCGCCGCCGGGGGCGCUGUCCCUCAGGGCCGCCGCGUGUCGCCCCAGAGUUGACUUGGGAGUUGUUCGGGCUCUUUCGGGAGGGUCCCGCUUGCUUCCCUCAGAGGCUCGCCCGCCCCCGCCGGGAAGCCGGCUCGGCGGAGGGGAGGGCCGCUGCCGCUGCCGCGAAAACCUUUCUGGGACGGGAGGAGGGGAACAACAAGAGCAAACUUCCGACUGGGGUGAAUUUCGGGGCUCUCCUUCCCUCCCCGCAAAGAAUAAUCUCGGGGUUCCGGCGGCCGGUGCCCGGGAUGCCCCGGAAAAGAGCCCCGCCGGCUUGGGGGCUCCCCGCGCUGCCUCCAUCCCGACUUGGGCGCGAAGGGCGGGCUAGAAAUUCAGUAAAUAGACGCGGCGAGGAGACCCGGCCGCGGGUGCCUUCUUGGCAGCAGGGCUGCUUUGGACGGGAGCCGGCGAUGCCGCCGCCCGCUGCGGUGCUUCCUCUGCUUUGCAGCAGCCCUUGGACGCGUCCGCUUCCCGAAAGCGGCGAGACUUGGCGGCGAGGGGCGAUGCUGCGGAGAUAAAGUUGCUGGCUGCUCCGGAUGAGCUCGGAGGGGCUGCUGCUCUGCGCGGUGGGGGGAGGAGGAGGAGGAGGAGGUUGUCGUUGUCGAUCAGCAUUUUCCUUUCCUUUUCGAAAGCUGCGGGUGUUUGCUAUAGAAGGUUCUUUUUAGACAAGGAUCGAUGGUAGAUGAAUUUUCACCCUGGCAGAGGCGAAGCAUAAUGGCUUGCGGUUUCAUGGAAAGCUCUCCUAACAAACAUCUGGAUAGAUCUCACCGAAUUAGCGCUGUCUGUGCAAAACUUCAGGUCCAAAGAUGAAUUGGGAGAGCAAAUACGCAGGGCUUGUCAAGUUUUCUGUUCGUUUCUCUCUGGCACCGAAACUGAUGAAGACUGCAAAGUGUUUGUCACACUUCAGCUUUCGGAGGGGCUUUACUGGCCAGUGUUUCAUAAACUGGCUGCUUUCAGCGGAAGCUAGAAGUACUUGUGAAUUACAGUACAACUAAAUUGGGUAGAGAAUCAGAAGAAAAUCGUUGUUAGAAUUUAGUUUUUGUUUAUUCGCAUCCAAAAGGAAUUUUGUGCAGAGAAUUUAAGUUAUUGACAAGCUGUGGAAUUCUUUUGUGAAGUGAAGCUAAAUUCUGUUUUUUAAAAAAGAUGCAUUUCCAGCCCUCUUGACAAAGUUUCUUACUGUCACAUACCUUAUGAAAAGUAUGCGUAUGAGAGCCUGAAAAAAGUAUUUGAUUUUGUGGGAACAUUUUGUUUAUUCUUAGUAGCUUCAGUAGGCUCCUGAAAUUAUUAAGCCUGGAAUUCUAUUAGGGAGAAGUUAUGUUGAAAUUGGAAGAGGCAAACAUGAUUAAAAUAUUGUACUGCAAGCCUGAGUAUGUUAUAAUGAGGAUGACCUAUAGGUCCACUUUGUCUACUACCUAUAGCUCUUAUGGGAAUACGUGGGAAAUGCUUCAAGAUAACAUUUGGAAGUGUGACAAACAAGUCUUGUAACAAAGCUGACACAUGUGGUGGCUCCUUGCUUCAACAACCUCUCACGGGCAAUUAAUUUUUAUUGCUUUUCAAAAAAAUUAACACAUUAACAUCAAAUUAAUUCAUAUUAAAUACAAAUUUAAAAGUUGACUUCCCACCCUGCAUUCAUGAUGUUUUUCUCCCCUCCCUUACUCUCUGCUCAGUGUAACAUGCAUUUCCUAAUUCCAUUUCAGUACUUAAAAUAUUUUAACAUUUAUCAUUAAUUUGUUCCCCUUCUUCAUUUCCCAUUGAUUGUACAUAUUUUAAUUACUGCAUAGACUCAUAUUUAACUAUAACAUAUAUCCAAAAUAUCAAGUAGAGUUACUCUUCAUUGUGAGCCCACAAAAUCAACAACCUCUCCUGGGGUGCACUGAGUCCUCAUAUUGUUGACUUUUCAUUGGCAGCAGAAGACACACCUCUUUUCUCAGGCUUUUGGAAAGGGUUGGCGUUUUAAACCACUCAGACAUGUUUUAUAAUGUAGCAUUAAUAAAGUUAUUUGGAUUGGGCAUGAAUAAAUAAGCUGAAUCUAACUUGGCAUACAAAAUUAAUUGCAUGUGCAAAUUAUAUAAAAAUUAAAAUCUGCAGCAAGCUUUGUAAUUCAUAAUACUCAGGAAUUGGUUUUAUGGAAUCAUAGAGCUGGAAGGUACCCCAAGGAUCAUCUAGUCCAACCCCCUGCAAUGUAGGAAUAUGCAGCUGUCCUGUAGGGGGAUCAAAUGGUUAUUAGUGAAGAAUGUGAUACUGUAACUAAUAUAAGGUAAAGAAUGACCCCUGGACAGUUAAUUCCAGCCAAAGGCAACUGUGGGGUUGCAGCACUCAUCUCGCUUUCAGGCCAAGGGAGCUGGCGUUUGUCCACAGACAGCUUUCCGGGUCAUGUGGUCAGACGGACUAAACCGCUUCUGGUGCAGUGGAACACUGUCGGAAACCAGAGCGCACAGAAAUGCUGUUUAGCUUCCUGCUGCAAAAGUACCUGUUUAUCUACUUGCACUAGUGUGCUUUCGAACUGCUAGGGCAGCAGUUCUAAUAUAGUGUGACAUCAGUAUGCACUGUGAUAGUGCCAUGUUAUUGGUGUGUUGUUAUCUUUCUCAUCUUUAGCAGCAGUUUCUCUGAUUAACCCCUUUUUAAAAAAAUAAGAAGUAUUGAUUUUCAGUGUAUAAACACAAUUACAAAGGGUCCUCACAUUCCAACUUACCAUCCCUUCCCCCACUCCAGCCUGAAGAACCUUUUUGAUGUAAUAGUGAUUCCUUCACUCUCUCUAUUUUCCUCAUGCUUCUUGGGUGCUGUUAAAAGAUUUGCAUGAAUCCUCUUGUCUGAAUGUUCCACUUCUUAACUAGUAUCUAACUCUUUAGUGUGUUUCCUGAUAGUUGCCCGUCCCCUUCUCAAAGUAGAACUCACAGGUGCAGAUUAGUUUCAGUGGGUAGAAUGAAAGAAGUACUAAUUUGAUUUUGGGGGGGGGGGGGAGGAGGAGAAUGUUCUUUGUCAGGAGACAUGCUAUGCACCUGAUCUUCGUAUUGGGGACAAGCAUUUCCUAGUUGAUGAGAUUAUUAGCAUGGCAGAAGUUUAAAAAGCUUUAUAAAAAAAGAACCCUAAGAAGUAUCCCAUGUAAAAUUUGACAUUGACACAAAAUUUGAUUUUAGCAUUAUAAUUGUCUCUAAAUGUUCACAUUUACAUGCAUUUGAAAAGGUAAAUUAAAUAGAUAUGACUAUCUUUCCAAUGUUCAUUUCCAUUGUUUCUUCUUGUAGGAGUAUGAUAUCAUUUCUGCACCAUAUAUUAAAAUUCAGUACCCCAAAACAUACCUGCCUAAACUGAGUACAUAUAGCAUAAUGCUCCAGGGAUUUAUACGGUCUAUGAUGAUUACUUAAACUUAAUUUUUGUCGGCCUCAACAAUACAAAUUCUGUGUCAAGUAGAAUCCAAGUUAUAUUUUGCAGAAUAAAUAUGCAAUCUGGCACACUCAUUCAACGCCAAGCUUUUCUGAGGAAGAAGCUGACAGGGGCUUGCUGGUUGAAGUGGGUAGGAUGCUGGCAUCAACCAAAAAUUGUAUGCUGGCGCCCCUGCCAUGAGCAAGGAAGAAAAAUCACAAGAGUUUACACUGGUGCACUAAUGGCUUGUAGAGUUUUUUUCAGCUUGUGCAAGAGUUCUCCAUCUCAUCCUUCAAGAUGGGUAUCUGAACCAGCCCUGUGUGACUUAUUUGCAAAACAUCUGCAUGCUCUGAUUGGAUUCCAUAUUGUGUAUAUAGUACUACUGUCUGUAAUCACAUCUGUUUGGCUGAGUGUUGAUUGUUUCAGCCUGGUGAUGAUGAUAAGUUGUGUGGCUGCCUGCCUGUAUGUCUGACCUUUGUCUAUCUCCUUUUGUUUGGCCCCAAAGGUGA